UCUAGAGGAGAUAAUUUUCUCUCUACUCCGAAACACCAAUCGCCGCUCGAUCUAAAAAAAAAACGAUUCAUCCCUUCACUCAAAAGCAAAACCCUCUCCUCUUAACACUACCUCUACACCAUCACUAAAAACCAAACCCUAACCCUAAAAAUCUCGAUCGAUCAGAAUCAUCAUCAACAAUGGCGGGUUCAGUAGUUUCAGAAGUCAAUGAUGGACCAGUUCUAAACCUAAUGAACAAACGAUUAAGAGCUUUAAGAAAGAAAUACAAUCGAAUUAUUCAAAUGGAAGAAGCUGUUUCUCAAGGAAAAUCUCUUAACAAAGAACAAGAAGAAGUCCUUCGUUCUAAACCUAGUGUUGUCAUCUUAAUCGACGAGUAUGAGAAGCUUCGUCAACCUCUCUCUAUUGCUGUCCAGGAAGAACACAAUCAAAAUCAAAACCAGACGAGUCGCUCAGAUGACUCAGCUGUUGAAGAUUUGGUGAGGUUUCUCUAUCUUGGUAAUUCAUUUGAUGCGAAAGAACAAAGUGAAUUUACUGCAAUGAUGUUGACGAAGACUCAUGAAAGGGGUUGCUGUAUCAGUUAUGAUUAUGUAACUGAUGAUGCUAGUAAUGAUCUACUUGGUGAGAAAGAUUUAGAUAUGAUUGCGAGGUUGAGUAGUUUAUUGAUCUCUAAACCUGUUGAUUCUGGUUGUUUAUCUCAUGAGAAAGCAAUCGAAAAUUGUAUUAAACGAGCCAAGCUAUGGUUAUCGAGUUCAGAAGAGCCUAUUGAACCUGGGACGGCAGUUACUUACUCGCAGCUGAGGGGAAGGGUGAGUAAGAUAUUGGUUUCAGAUUAUCUUACGACUACACCAGAGAUGAAAGAUCCAGUUGAAGUUGUAGCUGCUGCUACUGCAGGUAAUUAUACUGUACCAGAGAUGAAAGCUCCAGUUGAAGUUGUAGCUGCUGCUACUGCAGGAAGUUAUACUGUACCAGUAGAACAUUCCUCCGUGCCAUUGGAAACGGAAAGGCCCAUAAGUCGUGAACUCGUAUUUAUGGUGAACCAUGAGAAGUAUGAACCAGUUGCAACUCAGGAGCAGGUAAUUGGGGAUGGCCUCCAUUUGCAUCCUGUAGAGGAGCUAGCUAAGGAUGAGUCUGAGUCUGAGUUGCUCAACCAAGUGGAUGCUAUGUCUGCUCAACAGGAAGAAAACAAACAGGAGGAUGUGAUUGAUCAGAAUCCAGAAGAAGAGGGGUGGCAGGAACAACACUCAAGGAGGAGCUAUCAAAACCAGAGAGGUGGUGGUCGUGGUGGCGUUGGUGGCCGGAGGGGUUCAAAUGGUCGUGGAGGUCGUGGCAACAGAGGUGGUGGAGGAUUCCAUAAUGGUCGAGGCCAGAACGGUGACCAACCAUGCAACUACAAUUCAAGGAACUAUAAUAACUCAAGAGGAAGAGGUGGUAGAGGGGCUGGUGGACAUGGUUACAAUAACAAUCAUGCAUCAGCUGAUCAUGUUCGUAGUGCACAAGCAGGCGUUGAUUGUUGAGUUCUUAAACCAGUAGUUGUCAUUGUUGAGGUCACCGUGUUAUGUGCUAGACAAUGCCUUUAGGAGAAAAGGAAUUUGCUUCUGAAACAAAAUUGAUUUAGAUUAGGGGGAGAUAUAGUUGAACUAAAAGAAACUCACUUCUCCCUCACCCUUUUGUAGUUCAAGCCACGGAAGAUUAAGAAUAGUAAUUCUAGUUUAACAGGAUGUUCGCAUAUGCACCUUGAGAAGUGAAUUUUAGCAUGGCCGUGUGAUUUAAGGGUGACUUCUAUAAGCAAAAAGUAGUUUUUUUUGAAUCAAACUUUUUACGGGAAAUUGCUUCU